CGAUCCGAUUUUUAAUCACAAUCACAUUAAGUAUGUUCGAUCCAUCCUUUCGAAUAUUCUUUCUACUCUGCUCGCUCGUGAUCGCGAUCUCAGGAUCGCCACAAUCGUGGAGGUGGGAAGGACAGCACAUCAGAAAUCACAGGCAUGCUUCCUGUCCCUCGUGUCGUCGAGAACGGCCAGACACCCUUGUUUCGUGGGACGAGCCAACUAGAAGAGGAUACCGUGGACUGGAGCCAGAAACCAAUUCUUGGCAGAUCGGUCAACCGUACCGCCUAUCCCCCUACGCCAAUCCGUACGAAAGAGGCGUUAGAGGCAGAGGGAGUUCACCUUUCGCACGAUCAGCAGCCACCUGCAAACGCGAGAAUCCCUUCACCAUCGGGACGGAUUUCGAUUUUGACCUGGCUCCUCCGCAAACCGCCUCUAUCCGCGGCGUGAACAGCCUCACGGACGCCACGAGCUGGUAUCGAACCUUGCCUGGACCCUCGGAGCCCAGAUUCUCUAGGAGCCAAGCAAGGGCAACGUAUCAAGCUAGGAGACCUAAUUUCUACGACGUGAUCAGAGCCCAACCCGACCCGUCCAAUAAACUGUAUCCGGACUACGGCUCGUCCAACGAUGAAUUCAAUUAUCAAAGUUCUUCGAACAACUUCAAAAGACCUUACCAGGGAUCUUUCAAGAGAACGAUGCACCGGGAUGACAAGUAUUUCGACGACACGUUCAUCCAGAGUAAUCCUAUGAGCGAGACACCUGGCCAAUAUAACAGAGGAUGGAACAACGAGGUUUCGUAUGGGAGAGAUCAAGCGAGAAAUCAAGGAUUGGAACGGUAUUCUCAAUCUGGAAGGAAUCAGUAUGGAAAUUUCAGGAUGACCCACCACUCCUCCUCGCCAAGAGUCAAAUACAAUUCGCAUAACCUGCCAACGGAUCUCAAUGCGUUGAGAAUGGUGCAGAGUGUGGGAAGAGGGGGUAUGGAGGUUGUUAAUAGUAGCAGAUGGCAGAAGCAGUCAGAGGAGCAGGAAGAACGGGAUACAAGGAAUUACGAGAUCGAUGAAAAUGAUCAAAGGGGAAGAGAAAUAGACGAUGAUUAUCAAAAUAAUAAAGAAUUCGAGUCUCACGAGAUGAUGCAGCAAAAAGAGAUUAACAGAGAUGUUUCGCGAGGGGGCAGUAAUUCUGGGGACAAAUCUAUGUUCUCGAGGAACAGCUCCCAGGGUGAAACUUCCUCGCAGACUGGAUUGGAACUGGAGAAAAUCACCGAUUCUGCUCGUGUGUCUGAGGAGACCACAACAGGAUUAUGAUUGUCUUUGAUAGGUUUAGAACUGACGGUUCUAGAGCGAUCUAGGGAAUUAUCGUCGAGAGAUUGGUACACGUGUUAAAUGUAUAAGUACUUGCCAUAAACUAUGAAUUCUAAACGAGGAAUGCUUGCCUAAUAAUCUGUGACUGUUUUAUAAAUUGUUUUGAGAAAUAAAUUUUCGUA